AUGACCGACGAGGAUCAAGGGAUUAAAUUUGGCGUUGAAAGUGGGAUUGCUGGGGAGACUAAGAAUAUUAUAGAGGACACUUGGAAUAUAAUAGACGAAAAUUCAGAUAUUCAAGGGAAUCGAGAAAACACUUCAAAUUCACCAAAAGAACCAGAAGGAUUUGCUUUGAUUGAAGAUUGGGAUGGUUCUUUGAUAUUUGGUCAUAUCGACGAAGACAGACAUUUGAAUGAUCUAAUGGUUGAUAUUGGCGGUGUAAAUGAGGUGGUUGAUGAGGAUGAUCGCGAUGACGACGAGGAUGACGACGACGACGACGACGGCGACACCGCCCAUACGCCCACUGGAUACACCACGGAUGAAGACAUACCCAGUCUCCCUCAAGGUGUAGCUGCGAUACAAGCAACUCAAUUCACUCCAACACCCACACCUACACCUUCUAGCCCGAUUAAAGAAGGACGUAAACCACAAAUGGGUCAUUUCCAUAAUCCCUUAAUCGGCGAUAUCCAUAGAGUGGCUAGAGAGGGCGUUCCCCUCGCUCGAUUUACCAACACACACAACCAAACAAACGGUAAUUCAAUCAUUAUCGACCAUAAGCACAAGCCAGUGCCUUCUCCUUACUCAGAUUUCUAUUUGGUGGGCAAUCAACGACGGUGUACGCGUGAGGACAGUGAAAGUGAAUCGCCAGUGAGGAGUACAAUCCCCCAGCAACCACUAUCCCUAGAUGAUGUCAUUGACACUUCAACGCUCAGUGAUACGCCUUUAGAAAUAGCAGAUUCAUCUGCGCAUACUCAACACACUCGCUGGGAUAGAAUUCCUAUUGGUGCUUUCUCCAUGUCCCAAAGUGAUUUCAACGAUAAAGGUGUAAAUCCAACUCACCCGCACCUUAUAGCGUCUGCGAGGAGCAGCAAAUCAAACAGCCCGCACAACCCCCCAAAACAUCGCAAAUCUCGCCCUAAACAGCCCUCACCACUUGUGUUCCCUAGUGAUGGCAGCGGUCAGGGCCACUACGCAACGCCACAAUCAACGCGCAGGAAGGGCAAGAGUAGAGAGGCCACGAUUAACCAAUUAGACAUAUAG